AUGAAGUCGUUGUAUAGAAAUGAUGAUCGUUUCAUCAACGAUCACGUAUAUUUUGUAAAUAAUUACUUUUUAUUUUUGCAUAAAUAAUAUAUAAAUAUUAUUCCAAACCUCGAAGAGCAUGCGUUUAUAUUUCGUCCGAGGAAUUUUUCCAGCGCCCCCAUGAACUACUAUAAUUGGAUCAACGUAAACACGACGUUUCUUUUUGUCCAAUUUUGACUCGUAUUUGAUUCUCGCUAAAAUUUGAUCGAUCCAAGAGCAAUAAUCACACAUUGUGAAUGAACAACAUAGAAUUUUACGGCAGGGAAUAGGUUUAUUAAGGGGUUUCUGUUAUUUAAAAACAAAUGCAAAUGCCCUUUUUUUCUUGCAGGAGGAAACGCAACAUCUACAAUUAGAAGUUCAUCAAAUUCAACAAAUACCAAGUUAUUCUGAUAUCGUUAACGAUCUUGUAAAACGAGUUCAUUGCAGCGGUGCACGAGAUUUGAAUUUCUAUUAUAGUUACAUGAUCUUUAUACAUAUUUCUAUCGUUGCAUUAAGUAAAUUACAAAUUACCUAAAUAUGAAUGUUUUUUUUUACAUCACUGUAUAAGUCUGUGUUUAGAAUAAUAAAAAAUUUAUUACAGAAGGUUUUCGUUACGAGGAUAUUAUUUAA